CUCAGGAAGUAAAGUAACAGUAGCUCAGAAGUCAGAAAAAAAUGCUUCGUUAAUGGCGGUUUUCAAGUCACUCAAGACGAUCUUCAGAAACCCUAAAUCGCGGUCUUUUCUAAGUUUGUGCGCAUCUGCAACUCCAUUUCCAUCUCCAUCUCCUCCGCUCUCAUCGGUCUUCUCGUCCUCCCCUUCGUCCCAUAUCUUCCCCGUUUCGUUGAAUCCGUUCUCGUUCGCUCUUCGCCUCACUUCAUCCCACUCGAGGUUUCUUUCCCCGUCUUGUAAAUGGAUUCCAUUUCCGGGACCCCUUUUUCUGUCUUCUCCACCAUGGAAGCUUUCUCAGUCUGCUACUCCUCUAUAUCUACCUGGCCAAGUCGUUGUGGGAAAGAAGUCUCUAAAUCUCAUUCAUAGGAGCUUUCCUAUCAAAUUAGGGUUUGGUUCGGUUAUUCCCCUUCCGGAUUUGGUAAAUGGGAUUGAUCAAAAGAAGUUGCUGAGUGGAGAUAAGAUCGGUGGAAAUUUAUCAGAGGGCUUUUUUAAUUUGCCGAAUAUGAUUUCUAUGAGCAGAUUGCUUUCUGGUCCUUUCUUGGGAUGGAUGAUCAUAAACGAGUGGCAUCUUUCUGCAUUUGUGGGGUUGGCCAUCUCUGGAGCAACUGACUGGUUAGAUGGCUACAUGGCUCGGAAGAUGGGUAUUAACUCGGUAAUUGGGUCUUACCUCGAUCCUCUUGCUGACAAGGUGCUGAUUGGAUGUGUUGCGUUAGCAAUGGUGCAAAAGGACCUCCUCCACCCUGGUCUUGUUGUACUUGUUCUGUUCCGUGAUGUUGGUCUUAUCAGUGGUGCAGUCUAUAAAAGAGCUAGUACACUGGGUUGGAAGUGGGAAAGUUGGUCUGAUUUCAUCAACCUCGAUGGCAUGCGUCCACAGAAGGUAGAACCCCUAUUCCUGAGCAAGGUCAACACAGUCUUCCAGUUGGUCUUGGUGUCUGCUGCUCUUCUUCAACCAGAAUUUGGCACCCCAGCAACCCAAUCAUGUAUAACAUACUUGAGUUGGUUGGUUGCUUCAACUACGGUAGCAUCUACAGUAGCCUAUGGAGCACAACACAUGCGGAACAAUUCAGCAUCAGUUGCGAGGGGGUCAUUUUCAAGAAGCAAGUUCCAUUGACCUGAAACCUAUUCUGUGCAUUGGAAGAGACUUAGCUACAGCCAAAAACAGAUUUUGAGUUUGACGCCAAGAGAAGAGGUGUGGUGGUGCUGGGAUUUUAGACAUUGGAUCAUAUGAUCCACAGCUAAGCAGAAAAAAGCAGAAAAUGCAAUAUCCUUGAAUAAUAAGUCCCAUGAAUUAUUUUUGGUUUGAAUCCCAGCAUUUCUUGCAAUCUGGAAUCAUUAAUGAAAGGCUUAUGUUAAAGCAUUCUUGAAAGCAGCAUUCAACAGCGGAAACCGGACAGAGAGCCCGGUCGUUAUCGUAGAAGAAAUAAAUACUUCUGGAGCAGAAACCGGGGCGCAGAGGUUGAAGAUACAACAUCUUGUUGAAGUCAUAUGAGAAAUUGAACUUUGGUUAUAACUUAUAAUGUAUGGGACCUCUCUCUCUCUCUCUCUGUGACAAGGUUCAUUAGUCUCGUUUUGACGCUAUUCUGUUUGUUAAUUGUCUUGGAGGUCCGCUUGCUGUAACUCUGUAUCGUAUAUGUGAACACAUCUGCCGUUCUUUUGCUUGGCAUCCAUGUGGGCAGCGUGGCUAUUCGUUGGCGAUCUGAAGUGUAUGAAGGAGUCAAGCAUGCUGAAAUUUGACAUA